UUUUAUUAAUUAUUAAUUGUGAAAAAUUUGUAGAUUAAAAUAAUAUUUUUUAAUUUAUUAUUUUUUUAAGAGAAAACUACUAUAAGAAAAAUGACUCAUAUCUUUUUAUAUUCUUUUUUAAUUAUAAUUAGUUUUUCAAUUUUACAUAAAGCUUAUAGUAUUCAAUGUUAUCAAUGUUCCACUAGUAAUGAUGCCAAAGGAUCUGAUAAUUGUGGUGCUUAUGAAAAAUUUCAUAAAGAUCGUCAUAUACCAGUAGAAUGCACUAGUGAUGAAUCUAACACGCCCGGUACAUUUUGUGUUAAGGUUACAAAACAAGGACUCAGAGGAUUUAUUUGGGAUGGACGUUGGAAAAAUGUUAUUCGUCGCUGUGGUUCAGUAUCAGAUACCGGUGUUACUGGAGUAUGCAAUUGGGGAGUUGAAUGGAAUGGAGUAUACUGGGAAGAAUGCUAUUGUUCAGAAGACAACUGUAACUCAUCAACUAACAUAUCUCCUUAUUCAGUUAUUAUUAUUACUUUGUGUGCAAUAAUAACUAUGUUUGUAAUAAAUAAUUAAACUCAAUUUUUUUUUAAUUAGGAUAGCAAACAAUUCCGUCCAAAUAUCAAAUUGACUAAUGUUUUUAUUUUUUAUAUUUUGUUUACAUUUACUUUUUAAUAAACUAUUUGUAUUUUUAAACUAA